GCUUGACGCUAAGGUGAUUACGCGACAACUUGUUUGCAUUUUCUUAGUUCUGAUCAUAAAUCCGCUAACAAAUUGAACUUUUAUCUACCGUCGUCGUGCCUAGUGAUGCGUGGAGUGUUUACAGCUUGAUGGAUUUCAAACAUGCUGUUUUCAUGGUCAACGCAGACGAUACGGAAAGCUGAAAUAUAAGACUGUUCAUCUAUUUUGAAGGAAAAAGGUGAUUCAGUAGCUACUGCCAAAUCUUUUGUUACUGAGAGAAUAACAUCAUCGUCUAAGCUGCAAGGACUUACACAGACAAAAAAGUACAAAGGGCGCUUGUUAUUUUCAUUUGUAAUCGUGAAGAAAUUGUACCAGAUGUUGGAUCCCGUGCAAAGUUUAACCAGAUUAAUCGCGACCGUUAUCAUUACUUUACUCGUGUCACGAUCGAGGGACGUGAUCAAUUUCACUUUAAUGCAGUUUUGAAGCAAAUUGAAAGUCCAGGUUUGAUGAAAAGACUCAGUGACUGACAGAUCGAUCCUGAACAGUUAGACAAACUCGCAGUGAAACUUAAUAUUUUCGUCCGAGUCAUGAACAGUAAUUUCUUUUACAAGUCUUCAGAAGGUUUGUCAUAAAAUGGGCGUUGUCAUCAUUUUGCUUAUUUUACUUGCAUUCACAAUUGGUGAUACUAAAGUUCUAACUGUCUUGGAGGGAGACAACACACAACUUGAAUUUAGUUACCCUUGUGACAACGCACGCGUCACUUUACGAAAUGGGCACAGACCUAUUUUUUAUGAUUCAGCUAAUCCAGAGUCCGUGCCAUUGCCCGAGAAUCGAGACCUUGUUUUUCAAAGUGAAACUGAGACCAACAACUGUCUUCUCCAACUUAAAAUCAACCCUGUCCUAAGGUCUGAUGGAGGGGGAUAUAUUCUCACUGUAUAUGAUGGUGAAGGAAAUAUUCUAGAGGAUCCAAGAGUUGGUUUGAGGGUUGAUUAUCCACCGGGUAAGGCGUCUUGCGAGUGGGGAGAGGAGAAUGUUGUCGAUGACUGGAGAUCCAUGCUGUGCAAGGCUCCUGCAGGGAGUAUGUCAGGGCAAAUUGCUUGCUAUCAACAAGGAGUUCGGUUGCCUCCGGUGUCUACACCUACGGAGGUUGGGGAUAUUCUACAACAGACUAUCUGGGUCAGGUAUUCUCAAACCUCAUACUGCUGUGCUUCUCUUCAAGAUCAACUAACCGACAGAUGUGCAUGUAAUGACUUUAUAUGGGAUCCCUUACAAAAUGGAACCGUCAUCACGGAUCCUUGCUCCACGCCUCGGCAAGAUUCAACAUCGUCCCAAAGUCCCAACGAAGAUAACAUUUCUUUCCCUACUAUCGCCAUAUUAUCCCCAGUAUAUGAAAGUAUUACGGAAAAACCUGUUAUGAACAAUGCAUACAUAUCACUGCAUUCGGCCGUUUUUGUGCUUUUGGUUAUCAUGACAAUCGUUGCCCUGUUCGUGGUUCUUACGAUAUCGUUUCGAAAGAUUUUUAAAAGAUAUGAUUACACGAGUGUAUCAACUAUAGAAGUGCAACCUUAGGUAGGCGUACAACAGUCAUUUUGGGGGUGCAAACAGCCCGAGCUCUUCCAUAUUCUUUUCAAUUAUUAUUAUCAUUAUAAAAGUACCCUAAUUCGUUCUGGCCGGCCCUACCACUGACCCCAUUUUCCUUGAAUGUUUUGAAAUAUCAGUAAAGAGAAAUUUUAAUUCGUUUUUAAUGACCAGUUAUUUCUUAAUACGGUCUUGAUGGAGUUCUCUAAAUUUCUCUGUUUUUUACGCUAUGCAGGGCCCCCAGGUAUAACAGUAUUUACACUGAUGACGGGGCUACCCUGUUGAAAUGAUAUCUGGAUCGUACAUGUGGUUAUACAGAUUUUGUUUUUGUUAUUUUGCAAUGCCAUUGAUUUCAUCAAUU